AUGGCCAAGGUCCCGGAGCUGGAAGACGCCUUCGUGCAGGCGCAGCCUUCAGCCCGGCUCUCCCCCGAGAUCCGGGAGGAGUGCUGUGCGCAGCUCCUGGGCCAGGGCUUGCUCGUUUAUCCGGAGGAAAGAGUGUUCCUGGCGGCUGAAGCGCAGCCCGGGGGCGCGCAGGGCAGCGGGGACAAGGGGGAAGCCCCGGAGCUGCGGGUGGGAGUGAAAUCAGAAAUGCAUUUAAGCAAUGGUAACUUUUCCUCUGAAGAAGAGGAUGCGGACCCUUGCGACAGCAAAACCAAAGCCGCUGAUGACCAGCACCUCUCUCAGAAGAAAACCAUCACGCAGAUCAUGAGGGACAAAAAGAAGCAGGCACAGCUCACACUGCAGUGGCUUGAAGAGAAUUACAUUGUAUGUGAAGGAGUUUGCUUACCACGGUGCAUCCUUUAUGCACACUAUUUAGAUUUUUGCAGGAAAGAGAAAUUGGAGCCAGCCUGUGCAGCCACCUUUGGAAAGACAAUUCGCCAGAAGUUUCCCCUCCUAACAACAAGGCGGCUUGGAACAAGAGGCCAUUCAAAGUAUCAUUACUAUGGAAUUGGCAUCAAAGAGAGCAGUGCAUAUUACCACUCCGUUUAUUCUGGAAAAGGUCUGACAAGGUUUUCUGGAAGCAAGCUGAAGAAUGAGGGUGGCUUCACUCGUAAAUAUUCACUUAGCUCAAAAACUGGAACACUUCUUCCAGAAUUCCCCAGCGCUCAACACCUUGUGUACCAAGGAUGCAUUUCUAAGGACAAGGUUGAUACUCUCAUAAUGAUGUACAAAACCCACUGCCAGUGUAUCCUGGACAAUGCAAUUAAUGGAAACUUUGAAGAGAUCCAGCAUUUCUUAUUACACUUUUGGCAAGGAAUGCCUGAUCAUCUUCUUCCCUUGCUUGAAAACCCUGUUAUCAUUGACAUUUUAUGUGUUUGUGACUCAAUUCUUUACAAGGUUCUUACAGAUGUACUCAUUCCUGCAACAAUGCAAGAAAUGCCUGAAAGCUUAUUAGCAGACAUAAGAAAUUUUGCUAAAAAUUGGGAACAGUGGGUUGUUUCAUCCUUGGAAAACUUGCCAGAAGCCCUAACUGACAAGAAAAUACCUAUUGUGCGAAGAUUUGUAUCUUCUCUGAAGCGACAGACAUCUUUCUUACAUCUUGCUCAGAUCGCCAGACCAGCUCUCUUUGACCAGCAUGUGGUGAAUUCUAUGGUAUCUGAUAUUGAAAAAGUUGACUUGAAUAGUAUCGGAUCUCAGGCUCUUCUUACCAUUUCAGGCAGCACAGACACUGAACCUGAUACAUACACUGAACAUGACUCUAUCAUUGUGUUCCAAGAACUGAAGGAUCUUCUUAAGAAGAAUGCCACUGUGGAGGCUUUUAUUGAAUGGUUGGAUACUGUGGUAGAGCAGAGAGUUAUUAAGACCAGCAAACAAAACGGAAGAUCAUUAAAGAAGAGGGCUCAAGACUUUCUGCUAAAGUGGAGCUUUUUUGGUGCUCGAGUAAUGCAUAAUCUCACCUUGAACAAUGCAUCCAGUUUUGGCUCUUUCCAUUUGAUCCGAAUGCUUCUUGACGAAUACAUUCUCCUGGCCAUGGAGACCCAGUUUAAUAAUGACAAAGAGCAGGAGUUACAGAAUUUAUUGGACAAGUAUAUGAAGAAUUCAGAUGCAAGUAAAGCUGCCUUCACUGCAUCUCCAAGUUCAUGCUUUCUGGCCAACCGUAAUAAAGGGAGCUCAGUUUCCAGUGACACAGUGAAGAAUGAAAGCCACAUGGAGACGACCUAUCUUGCUCUGUCAUCCGGUCAACCUGGAGGUUUAACCCCUGCUCUGCACCCAUUCCCUGCUGGGAACACAGAAAACAUGCCACUUGCAGGUCCAAUGGAGCUUUCACAGAGUGCUGGUCAUCUGAUGACACCACCUAUUUCUCCAGCCAUGGCAAGCCGAGGAAGUGUCAUUAACCAAGGGCCAAUGGCAGGGAGGCCCCCAAGUGUCGGCCCAGUACUGUCAGCUACAUCACACUGCUCAACAUACCCAGAACCCAUUUAUCCUUCUCUCCCUCAAGCCAACCAUGACUUUUAUGGGGCCAGUGCUAACUACCAGACUGUGUUUAGGGCACAGCCUCACACCCCUUCAGGGCUCUAUCCUCAUCGUGCUGAGCAUGGUCGAUGCAUGGUCUGGACUGAACAGCAGUUUUCUAGAGACUUCUUCAGUGGCAGCUGUGCUGGGUCUCCAUAUAAUUCCCGGCCGCCUUCCAGCUAUGGACCAUCUCCACAUGCCCAAGAUUCACACAGUAUGCAGUUUUUAAAUACAGGAAGCUUCAAUUUCCUGAACAAUGCAGGGGCUGCCAGCUGCCAAGGAGCAACAUUGCCUCCUAAUUCACCUAAUGGAUACUAUGGAAGCAAUAUAAACUACCCUGAGUCUCACAGACUGGGAUCAAUGGUGAAUCAACACGUUUCUGUCAUCAGCAGCAUUCGCUCACUACCUCCUUAUAGUGACAUCCAUGACCCACUUAACAUCUUAGAUGACAGUAGCAGAAAGCAGACCAGCUCAUUUUAUGCAGACACAUCAUCUCCAGUUGCGUGUCGGACGCCAGUACUAGCUUCCAGCUUGCAAACCCCAAUUCCUUCCUCCUCAUCCCAGUGUAUGUAUGGAACUUCCAAUCAGUAUCCAGCUCAAGAAACCCUGGAGUCCCAUGGAGCAGACAGUAGAGAAAUGGUGUCCUCUUUGCCACCCAUCAACACUGUGUUCAUGGGAACAGCAGCUGGAGGCACUUAA